AUCCAGAUCAAGGUCAUGACCCCCCCGCCCCAGGGGGCCGUCAUCCGAGCCAUGCCCGUCUACAAGAAGGCCGAACACGUCACCGAGGUGGUCAAGCGCUGCCCGAACCACGAACUCAGCCGGGAAUUCAACGAAGGCCAAAUUGCUCCUCCCAGCCAUCUCAUCCGAGUGGAAGGCAACAGCCACGCGCAGUACGUGGAAGACCCCAUCACCGGGCGGCAGAGCGUCCUGGUCCCUUACGAACCACCCCAGGUUGGCACCGAAUUCACAACCGUCCUCUACAAUUUCAUGUGCAACAGCAGUUGCGUCGGCGGCAUGAACAGACGCCCCAUCCUCAUCAUCGUGACGCUGGAAGCCAGAGACGGACAAGUCCUCGGCCGCCGAUGCUUUGAGGCUCGGAUCUGCGCCUGCCCAGGCCGGGAUCGCAAAGCGGACGAAGACAGCAUUCGGAAACAACAGGUCUCCGACGGCACAAAGAACGGUGAUGGUACGAAGCGCCGUAAUCUCCUCUCUGCCUGCUUCAGGAGCACGGAAGCCCGGCGGGACCUCCCCCAAAGACGCGAAGCCACUUCCAGACAUUCCAGCCAUCCGGACUCAGCUUUUCCUUCCUAA